CUUCUCCUCCAAGUCUUCUCAAGACUUGACGAUCUCUCCCUCUCUCUCUCUCUCUCUCUCUCUCUCUGCAGGCAAAUUUCUAUUUCUAUGGACACGAGGACCUCGCUCAUGGUCGCGGAUGCUGCUUCCGGUCCGAGCUCAGGGUCUCCCAUAUUUUUAUCAAUGAAAUCAAUCUUCGCCUGAAGAUGUGAACCUUUCAGAAAGAUGUGAUUUUGCAGGGCGCUGAUUAAACUGGGGCUGGAGUAUUUUAGUGUGAGUUUUGGAUAUUGAGUGUACUUCGAGCUAUUCAGUCCUUAUUGUUUGCUAGAGCUGAAACAUGGACAGAACAAGACUAGACUUGGCAUUUCAGCCAUCUGGAUCGGCACAGUCAGAGGAGUCAGCUCUAGAUUUGGAAAGAAACUACUGCAAUCAUCAGAAUUUGCUGUCUUCGAGUCCAUCUCCUCUACAGCCUUUUGCCUCCGGUGGGCAGCUAUCUGAAAGUAAUGCUGCUUAUUUCUCGUGGCCUACUUCGAGCCGUCUGAUAGAUGCAGCAGAAGAUAGGGCAAACUAUUUUGGGAACCUUCAAAAAGGGGUGCUUCCUGAAACUCUAGGUCAGUUGCCAAUGGGGCAGCAAGCUACAAGCUUGCUUGAACUGAUGACAAUUAGGGCAUUCCACAGCAAGAUUUUGCGUCGGUUUAGUCUUGGGACAGCCAUUGGUUUUCGUAUUCGACGUGGGGUUCUGACUGAUAUACCGGCAAUUCUAGUCUUCGUUGCCCGAAAAGUUCAUAAACAAUGGCUCAGCCGCAUCCAGUGUCUACCCGCAGCCCUUGAGGGGCCAGGAGGUGUAUGGUGCGAGGUAGAUGUUGUGGAAUUUUCUUAUUAUGGUGCACCAGCUCCUACACCAACAGAGCAAUUAUACAAUGAGCUUGUAGAUGGCUUGCGGGGUAGCGAUCCAUGUAUUGGUUCUGGUUCUCAGGUUGCGAGUCAAGAGACAUAUGGAACCCUGGGUGCUAUAGUGAGAAGCCGGACUGGUAAUCGACAAGUGGGUUUCCUAACAAAUCGGCAUGUGGCAGUAAAUUUGGACUAUCCAAAUCAGAAAAUGUUUCACCCUUUACCACCCAGCCUUGGACCAGGUGUCUAUCUUGGUGCUGUUGAGAGGGCUACAUCUUUUAUAACGGAUGAUCUUUGGUAUGGCAUCUUUGCCGCUAACAAUCCAGAAACAUUUGUGCGAGCAGAUGGGGCCUUCAUUCCCUUUGCUGAGGAUUUUAAUAUGAACAAUGUGACUACAUCUGUACGAGGAAUUGGUGAGGUUGGCGAAGUUAACACUAUUGACUUGCAGUCCCCAAUUGGCAGUCUCAUUGGAAGGCAGGUGGUCAAAGUCGGAAGAAGCUCUGGUUUGACCACUGGAACAAUCAUGGCAUAUGCCCUUGAAUACAAUGAUGAAAAAGGUAUUUGUUUCUUCACUGAUUUUCUCGUAGUUGGGGAGAACCAGCAGACAUUUGAUCUUGAAGGUGAUAGUGGAAGCCUCAUUCUCUUAACUGCUUCAAAUGGCGAGAAGCCGCGACCAGUUGGGAUCAUAUGGGGAGGAACGGCUAAUCGGGGCCGCCUAAAGUUAAAGGUUGGCCAACCUCCUGAGAAUUGGACUAGUGGAGUUGAUCUGGGGCGUCUUCUUGAUCUUCUUGAGCUCGAUCUCAUUACAAGCAGUGAACGUCUUCAAGCUGCAGUUUUGGAACAAAGAAAUGCUUCUGCAGGAAACGUGGAUUCAGCAGUGGGAGAAUCAUCUCCUCCUUCUAGGCAUCUUUCCAGAGACAAAACCGAAGAAAACAUGGAGCCUUUCAGCUUGAACAACCAACAGGGCCCUCUCGAAAUUGACACCAGCCAGGGUAUGCGCCGUGAAUUUCACAUAGAAGAUGGGAUUGAAGCAACCCCCAGCAUCGAACAUCAAUUCAUAUCGAGCUGUUCCGCAAGAUCGCCUCUCCAUCAGAACAACCAACAGGAGAACUCGGAACUCAGGAACCUGUCGGCUCUAGCAAGUAAUGCCGACGCGGAGGUCACUGUUUCGUUGCAGCUGGGAGAGCCCGAGCCGAAGAGGAGAAAGCAGUCUGAUUUUCAAUUGUAGCAGAGGGAACGAACACGAAUUUUGAAGGUGGAGAAGAUUGAUUAUCUCGCCUGGAAAACCCACAUUUUCGUCUACUGCGAGUUUCAUGCCGGCAUCCGAAUGAACGAAUGCUCGAAUCCACUCGGGUGCAUUCUCGAAUCUCUCUAGUUCACGGUUUGCAAUCGAGGCUAUAGCUAUUAGUUUCAUCGAGAGGUAAUAAUUAUGAGCUUUGAGUAUUUCCUAUUUUAGUGUAUAAUGUGGCAUUUGUGCAACCAAAAAGUCAUCGGUAUAGGUAGAAAGAUGGGACAGUACAAAAAGGGGAAAUUCGGGGGCGGGGGGGACUCAUGCUAAUUCUCUUUGAUUUGUAUUAGUUAGCCGAAAGAAAAUAAAAUUGUGCUGUAUGCACUCCUCAAGAGGGAGUUAUGGAAAAGUACUGGAAGAAGUUACAUGAGUGAGAUAUUAUUUCUUUUUC